UCAAUUUUCCCUUCUGUCAGUGAGAAACGUCACUCACACAAAAAACCGCACCGAACCGAAAAAAAACCGACUCAACCAUGUCCAAGGCCAAGAACCCCCAGGUGUUUUUCGACGUGAAGAUCGGCAACAAGGACAUGGGCCGCAUAGUGAUGGAACUCCGAGCCGACGUGGUGCCCAAGACGGCGGAGAACUUCCGCAGCCUCUGCACCCACAAGAACGGCUACGGCUACCGCAACUCCACCUUCCACAGGGUGAUACCGCACUUCAUGUGCCAAGGGGGCGACUUCACCAGGGGCGACGGCACGGGCGGCAAGUCCAUCUUCGGCCAGGAGUUCCGCGACGAGAACUUCAAGCUGAAGCACGAGGGACCGGGCACGCUGUCCAUGGCGAACGCCGGGCCUAACACCAACGGAUCGCAGUUCUUCAUCUGCACGGAGAAGACCAGCUGGCUGGACGGGAAGCACGUCGUCUUCGGCAAGGUGGUGAGCGGGAUGGACGUGGUGAAGAAGAUGGAACAGUGCGGUUCGCAGAACGGGAAGCCGUCGGAUACCAUAACCAUUGCCGAUUGCGGAGAGAUCACCGCAUGAUUCGGUUCGUUACUGCUUGAAGUGUUGCAUCGAUUUGUUCCGAGUUUGUGUAGGUUUUGAUAGAUAUUUUUAUGUGUAUGUUAAUAUAUUACUUUUGUUGUGCAGAUGUCGAAUAGAUGUAUUUAUUUUUUAA